GUGCCAGCACUGAUGGCUGCAUUUAGCAAAAAGGGGGAGGAACAAGAGAGAGCUGUGAAAGAAGCUUGUGAGAAUUUGAAGAUUCUUGAAAGUGGUCUUGAGGGGAAGCGCUUUAUUGGGGGUGAAACAAUAGGCUUUGUUGAUAUUGCUGCUGGCUGGAUUGGAUGCUGGGCUCAAAUGACUGAGGAAAUCAUAGGCAUAAAGCUGAUUGAUGCAGAGACCAUGCCUUUACUCGAUUCUUGGUUCCAAGAUUUCCUUGGGAUCCCUCUUAUUAAAGAAUGUAUGCGACCUCAGGAUAAAUUGCUAGAGCACAGCAAGGAAUUACACAAAAUUUUGACUGCAGCAUUGACUUGAAGUCUUUAUAUCUCUGAGC